UCUAGUAGCGCCAUAUUCUAUGGCCAAAGUUUAACCUAGUGCAACGCACGUGUUUACGGAAAAUACGAAAUUCAAUUUGGAUGAGAAGCACUUUACAAGUAACAAAAACUUAUUUAUGGCAAAGAAUCAUGUUAAUACUAAAGUAACUAUAACAGUUUUCUAAAUUAGAAGCAUAAAAAUGUCGCGAAUCGUUAACACGAGGGAAGUGAUAUUAACUAGUGACAAUAGUAGUGAGCACUGGAAUGCUGCUGUGUGGGACCCUCAAACAGGUUCUAUUUUAUCGACCUACAAAAGCGCUGGUACUCUCAGUCAUCGAACUCUUCAAGUGUUGAGUGAUAGUUACAUAAUCGGUGCCGAUUUAACGAAACCGCGUAUUCACGUUUGGCCGCUCAACAGUUCUUCUCCCGUUUCUAACCUCAGAUUGACAACACCGGGUAAGGUUACCGCCCUGUGUUGUACGCCCAGUGGCUCCUACAUUGUCGCAGCUGUUUCUGAAAAAUUGUUCCUCUGGCAAGUGUGUAAUGGACGUUUGUUAAAAAAUUUAUCGCAACAUUACCAAACUGUGAAUUGUCUGUCGUUCAGUAAAGACGGUUCCCUGUUCGCUAGUGGCGCUGAGGACGGUUUGAUAUUUGUCUGGUCGUUGUAUGGCGUGUUAAACGACGAGCAUCCGAAGGCAUUACGUUUUUUUAGUCACCACUCUAUGCCAGUGAAGGAUCUACAAUUCGGCCACGCCGGGGUCCGAGCAAGAUUAUAUUCCGUAUCUCUCGACAGAACAUGCAAUGUUUACGAUCCCACUAGCGGAUUACUAUUGCUUGUGCUUGUAUUCGACGUACCGCUCACUUGCGUUUCCAUAAACAUACGCGAGAGUGAUUUAUUCGUGGGCUGUACCGACGGUAACAUAUAUCGAUUCAUUUUGCAUGAGGCGCCACGUGGGAUAGAACAUCAUGUGCAGAAGGACGGAAAUUCGAAGGACGUGUUGAUUUUCCAGGGACACAAAUCGAUCGUGGUAUCGUUGUCGAUAUCGAUCAACUGUCUGUAUCUGCUGUCAGGCUCGAUUAGUGGCGAGGUUCACGUUUGGGAUAUAAACAGUCGUCAGAUUCUUCGAACGCUCGAACACAAAGGAGCAAUCACAGCGGCAUUCUUCGCCAAGUAUUACGAGAACUUUCGAGUCGCAGAUCUGAAACCACGCUUGCAAUUGUGUAACCUACAAAGGAUAUCCGACGAUGCGGGGAAGGAAAGUGUGAUCGAGGUGCUCUCGCAAAAUCAAAGCGCGGCGGACAUCUUGAACUUCGACUCGUAUACGGAGAGCAAUAUAGACACGACGGAACCGGGGAACCUAACCUCUCAGAAGCUUCUCGAGAUGAGGGAGGAGAUCGAUAAAUUAAAGAAAAUCAACACAGCCAUAUAUCAAUACAGCGUGAAUCAUAUUUUGAAUAAGUCACAUAAGGAUUUAACUUCGUCUUGA